GAGCUCUUUUUUCCGGGGUAGCACUGGAGGCAUCUAUGGCACCAUGGCAGUGCCCGCCCCUAUGACACAGCAUGCAGUACGUGGCUUUGACCAGCAGGCAAUGCAGGUGCUGACUCCAGAGUGUGCGCCCGGCUCACUGGGUUGCCCAGACCCAUUCAGCUGGGUCAAAAGCAAGCUGCCAAGUCCAAGCCCACCAGUCCUUCGGCGUAACACUCGUCGUGGUCAAUCGACAGAGUUAUCCAGUCUCAUUCAGCCACUUCCAUUACAGGAUGAUAUCACAGACUUGCUUCCGAUAUCUCCAGUGGACACUACAGCAAAGGGUAAUGGUGGGAGGAUCGGCCCAGGGGAGGAUCCCUUUGGUGAAGAAGGGCAACGUAUAUUUAACUGGUUCAGGAACACCAGUGCCACCAUAAUGACACGAAGUAAAUCUGCAGAACUCAGGCGGAGAUUCGAACAGGCGUGCAACAACAAUUCUCCAACAACGUUCACAGGACUUCUGAAUCAAGCAGGAAAACCUCCAGAAAGUUCAUGGUCUGCUGAUCUGAAAAGGACUCUGAAUUUACGUAAGGUGACUUGGCCUACACCCACUCCCACACAAGCUCCCGUUACUCCCACGAAGUCGGCAUUCACACCAGAGGAGGCACAGCAUGAGAGCUUGGAUUCCAGAGUUAGCACCCCCCCGGCUGGGGUGACAGAGGCUCAACCCCCCGCUGUCAUACCACCCGCGACCUUUACUCCUGAAGCGAUCCCACAAGCACUUCCAAUAACGCAAGUCACAGCAUCGCAAACUACAUCGCAGGCAUCAUUGAAAACGAAGACACAUAGUGUGGCUCGGCAUGUGGUAUCCCCUAAUUGCCCAAUCCAUGGGCACCUUGCUCAAAAGAACCUCCCAGUGACCGGUGGAGGGAAUGGCAAGAGUGGCUCAGCAGGUGCACACAGCGGGCUUGGACCAAGAACGCCCGGACACGCUGUUGCACUAAGCGGUGGGGGAGGAGGGGCAGCAAUACCUGGCGCAACCGUGGAGAGUGCAGGAGGAGUUUUGUCGGGGGCUGGAGGAUCACCUCCUCGGUCCUUGGUGACGGGGAGUGCACACUGUGUGGAGUCGAACAGCGAUGCUCAGACUUCACUGGCCAAGCGUGCUCUGGAGAAUGGGGACAAGCCCGUCGAUCAGCCGCCUCGGAAACGGCCUUCCCUUCUUAAGGAGGGAGUUCAGGCAUAUUUCCGCUUAGAGAAAGAGGGGAAAGUGGAGAAGGUCCUCCACUCCCUGACUCUCCUCGUAGAAGACAACCUCCCAUUUGAGAUUGUCUUGGGAAUGGAUUGGGGAGAGGCAGCCGGGGCGACGCUCCAUCUCAAGGAGCACGAGUGUAGGCUCCCUAGUUCCUCAGGCGAGGCUAAGACUGCCCGCCUGUUCCAUUUGUCAGGGGUAGAGAAUUCCUUGGCGCAUUGCUGCCUGAGUGCCCCCGCGUUCGCCAGAUUAGUGAAGAAGGAGAAAUUGAAUGAGCAGGUCUUUGUUGCCUAUGUGAGGCCAGUGACUGAGCCUACGGAAGAAAAACCGAUGGACCCUGCGAUUGCCAAGCUGCUGGAAGAGUUCAAAGACCUAACCGAGCCGCCGAUAGGAGUGGUACCGCGGCCCAUCCAGCACCGUGUUGAGAUAGAGCCUGGCAGUAGGACUCCUAAGGGCGCUGUAUAUAGGAUGUCCCCACGGGAGUUAGAGGAGCUUCGCAAGCAGUUAGACGAGCUCCUCGAGAAGGGUUGGAUUAGGCCCAGUUCGUCCCCUUUMGGAGCGCCUGUUCUCUUUGUUCCUAAGAAAGAGGGAGAGCUGAGAAUGUGCAUAGACUAUAGGGGUCUGAAUGCUAUUACAGUGAAGAAUGUUGAGCCACUGCCGAGGAUAGACGAUCUCUUAGAUCGAGUGCAGGGGGCCAAAUAUUUCUCUAAGGUAGAUUUAAAGUCCGGAUAUCAUCAAAUAGAGGUACAUCCUGAUGAUCAGUAUAAGACAGCUUUUCGGACUAGGUACGGGCAUUAUGAGUUUAUAGUGAUGCCCUUUGGACUAACCAACGCGCCAGCUACGUUCCAGCGCUGUAUGAAUGAUUUGUUUAGGCCAUGGUUAGACAGAUUUGUCGUAGUUUAUCUAGAUGACAUUCUCGUGUUUAGUAGGACCCUCGAAGAGCACCAGGGUCAUCUCAGGCAGGUCGUGGAGAAGCUGAGGGAAGCUAACUUCAAGAUCAAUGCAAAGAAGUGUGAUUGGGCGAAGACACAAGUUUUGUAUUUAGGCCACGUCUUAGACGAAGAUGGCGUUAAGCCAGAGGAUAGCAAGAUCGCAGCGAUUAGAGAUUGGCCCACGCCAUGUACGUUGACAGAGUUGCGCUCGUUCCUGGGCUUAGCUAAUUACUACAGGAAGUUCGUGAGGAACUUCUCCACCAUCACUGCGCCCCUUCGCAGAUUGUUGAGGAAGGAGACCAUCUGGAAGUGGGAUAAGGACUGCAMGUCUGCCAUGAAGAAGUUAAAGCAGGCAUUAAUAGAGUAUCCARUCCUUAAAGUCGCCGAUCCGUCCUUGCCUUUUGUCGUUACUACGGAUGCUAGCCAGUACGGCAUAGGUGCAGUGUUACAGCAAGACGAUGGCAAUGGCUAUAGACCCGUAGAGUUCAUGUUCGCCAGGAUGCCUUCAGAGAAGGUCGCGACAUCUACCUACGAGAGGGAACUCUACGCUCUCAGGCAAGCGAUAGGCCACUGGAAGCACUACUUGCUUGGGAGGCACUUCAAAGUCUAUUCUGACCAUGAAACAUUACGAUGGUUAAGGACGCAGGCCAAGAUGACACCUAAGCUUACUAGGUGGGCCGCAGAGAUAGAUCAGUACGACUUCGAGCUCAAACCUGUCAAAGGGAAGUACAACGUAGUCGCGGAUGCUCUGAGUAGAAGAGCUGAUUAUUUUGGGGCAAUAGUACAUUACCUCGAUAUAGAAAAGGAUCUGCAGCAGCAGGUUAGAGGAGCCUAUGCGCAAGACCCUAUCUAUGUGACCGAGAAUGUUGCAGAACAACAACAGGGAGCAGGUUCAACUGGACAGGUGCCGUCUACAAACUACCAGUCCAGCUUGGAGCGAACAGAGUCAAUAACUGCUGAUAAUAUUGUUGGCAACAAGGGUCCUGAAAAUAAAGGCCGGACAAACGCAGAAGAAAAGAAGAAGCUCCGUCAAGAGCGGCUAAAGAGACGAAUAGAGGCUAAAGAAAGGUGUCCGAAUUGUGCAAAGGGAAUUCCUGAGACUUUGGUGGAUGCAAGAAAGAAAAUCAGUGAGCUGGAGAAUCAACUGAGUGGCCAAAAGCGGUAUCAAGAAUUCAUGAAUAGGAUGGAUUCAGAAAAUACAAAGGUCAUUGAUGAGUUGAAAGAUAAGGAGAAAGCACUGCUGGCAAAGAUCAAGAAACUUGAACAGAAGGUUAAGGAUCUUGGUGGCAGUUUGGAAGACACGGUGACUGAUCAUGCAAAUGAGUUGGCGAAGGAGUUCGCCAAACUCGGUGGUGCGUUGGUCUUCGCACGAAGGGACACACAGGGAUGUCAGGCGGAAAUAGAGCAGCAAGCCACUGCAAUGGACACGGACGGGGAGACAGAUAAAGGCACUGCAAUGGACAGAGGAGGAGACAGAUGAAAUGACCGCAAUAGACGGAAGGCGGCGUGGAUGUAAAGAGGGAAGCAGAAUUGAAAUGUUGGCUUAGAUUAUCACCAAGUCUGUUGGACGCAUGCCAUGAAGCUCAAGGUGGAGGGAGGUAGAGCGGUCCAACUUGAAAGUUUUGUAAGUUUGGCGAUGGGUGGAGAGAGAGGCGGGAAGCCGUGCACGUUUGUGAAUUUGCUCUGACAUGUUGAUGUUCAGAGAAUGGACAUGAAUUGUCGUCACACACGCUAAUUGGGAAGGAAAAGUAAUCACCAUUACCCACACACAUCGACCUUUUUUCUGUAAGGAGUACUGAUGAUUAUAGAGAGUCAAAAGGAGGGUCUGUAGAAGAAGAAGAAGAAGAAGAAGAAGAAGAAGAAGAAGAAGAAGAGGAAGAAGAAGAAGAAGAAGAAGAAAGAGAGUCGAAGGAGGAGGGUCGUUGGUUGUCAGAACCCUUUGGAGAAUCUGGUUGCUUGGACAGAUCUCCUCAGCUUGCUGGGUGAUCAAGGGGAUGCCUGAAAACAGGCAGAAGGGAGAUGGAGAGCUCAUAGAGCCAGCGGCUGUAGAGUCUCUUUUCUCACAGGGUUGGGACUCAGGAGUGUAUCAUAGAAGCAGGCUGGAAUUCCCAGGUGCCGCUGCGGGGUGCUGCGAAGGGUUGGGGGUCUUGCCUAUCUUCGAGGCAUUGCAGAACCCUCCAGGUUAUCGGCUCUGUCGAGACACUGGCUCAUGCUAGGCCCCUCAAGCUGGUAGAGAGCUCAUAGGGACAGCAGCUGUAGUCUCUUUUGUCGUGGGGUUGGGGAGUUUAUCGUAGAGCAAGCUGGAGUACCCAGGUGCCGCUUGCGGGUGCUGCGAAGGGGUGGGGGUCUUUGCAGAACCCUCCAGGUUACUACGCUUUUCAUCUCCACUGGCUCAUCCUACACCCAACAAACAGGUGGAGGGCUGAUAGAGACGCCGGCUGUAGUCUCUUUCCUCACGGGGUUGGGACUAUAUCGUAGAGCAGGCUGGGAUCCCCAGGUGUCUCAUGGGGUGCUGCAGAGGGGUGGUGGUGUUGCAUAUCUUCAAGGCAUUGCAGAACCCUCCAGAUCUCUGAAUAUUUCUUCUCCAAUGGCCCAUCCUUACACCCCUCACACCUGUCCACCUAACCCCCCCUGCCCUCUCCCGUACCCCCUUAUAACACCAGUUAGCCCAAAGCUAAGUCAAGAGCUCAUAUCGACGGAGUCGUUUGGCCGCGCUCGUACCAAUUUACGCCGUAAGGCCAUGAUGCUUUGGGCCCAGUAGUGAACGUUGAAGGCCACUCCGAAAAGAGGUAGCUUUGUCAGCUUCGGCUCAUGUCAACUGGUGGCUUAAACUGGUCUGAGAGGGUGCGCUCCUGCUUCCCCCUCUGACCUUCAGUGUUUGUGGCAUUCUGACAGUGCAUCCUUCUCCCAGCGACUCUGCCAAUCCGGUGUGCUCUGCUGUGCUCUGCUGUGCUACCAUCCGCCACGGAGGACAUCUCUGGCGAUCAGGUGUGCUCUGCUGUGCUGACUGCAAUGCCAUCCCGCACCGAGUACAUUUGUCAGUUUGCUUCACCAGCUGGAGCUUCCUUCUGUCAUUUCGUUUCUUCGCACACUCUCUCGCAAGUCCAUUGCGUAACUUGCGUUGUGUUUUUCUUUGGGGGGGAGGGGCGGUGUGUGUCAUUCUUGUGGAGGAAAAUUCUGGCUGGUUCCUAGAUCAUGUGUAUUCAUGCUGCAGUCAACAAAACACCAGCAUUUGUGGCCAGAAUAGGUAUCUUCACAGUGGUGAAAUAAUGUUCGCAUGCACACGCAGACAGCCUACCAGUAGUGGCGAGAUCUUGCUUGUGCAUGCAGCUGUAUUGACUUGCUGUCGUCAUCAGCUUUUGCUGUCACCCACUCCCGAUACGUUUCUGUCUACUUUCCAUACGUUCGUUGCAGCUCUCCCCAUUUCGUUCUCUCAGUAGUCGCAGUUAGGUACACAUGUCUUGCCUCUCGCCUUUGUACAGAUGUCCAUGGCAUGCCAAAAUAACCCCCCCCCCCCCCCACUCAUUUGCCGGUGGCCCUGCAGCGGAUGAGGAUCGCAGAACCUCAUUUUUGCUCCCUGGUUCUUUUGUUGUCAUCCUCUCCCAGACAUUGUUUUCUCUUUCACCUUGUAAUCCUUUUUUUUUUUUUUUUCUUGGCACCAUUUUUGGGGUUUCAUGAUGGUGAUUGUAUAAAAUAGUUACUACAUGGAUGUACCUGUACGUAAACACAGCCACAUUCACACACACACACGCACACACACACACACACACACACACACACACACACACACAAACAAGCCUCAUACUCUACUGCAGGCGGACGUCUAUCACCCUGUAUUGCCAGAGAGGCAUCAGUCUGUUCUUAUAGGUGUUAGUGGACAGGUGUUGUUAGCAAGGCCUUCCAUGGCAAACCAGCCAGCCAGGCUUCUGGUAGGUGGCCAGUUAGGUUCUUUUAACCACAGUUAAGGUGGCCGGUAGCUUAUGGUUGGUCGGUUGGUUGGUUGGUUGGUUGGUUGGUUGGUUGAUGUGCUAUUCCCUUUCAGCAUUUAGUACCCUCAAGAAGGAUCACUGUCAUCCUGUGGCUAGUACCUAGAGGGAUAGGUUGGCUUUUGUUUGUUUGUUUUUCCCUCUGAAACGGCGGCGGGCGUGAGAUAUCAUCUUUGAUCUGACCGGCCCGGCAAACUGGUUGAUCUGGGUUCGAACUACUAGGGUCCUUAUAAGCACCUUAUUUCAGCAGUUCAGGGGUUGUACAAACCGAGCAAGGCUCGGUGGUGGUGGGAUUGGGUGGAGCCUAUUUAAAUAGACAGGGAGAGCAAGGGGGGUGUAAUGAUGAAAGUUUUUUUUUGUUUUUUUUUUAAUGAUAAAAGCUUUAGGGGUGU